AUAGCAACAGCUCUGCUCGCGUGGCUGGGCAGCUCUCCUGCUCUCUGAUUGGCCAGCGGUGAUUACAGGCACGCUUCAGAGGGCGAACAAACAACAGGCAUAAAUUAUGCUAAUGAGAUGGCCGUGCGGCACGGGGCAGACCUGAUGCAAACCAUUCAUUCAUCCUUCACAAAAAAUGCCAAAGCGAGGGGGGUAUGUCCAUUGUCUCAUCAGGGUAUAUAAGGUAGGUGAGGCCAGUCGUGUGCCAAGCUCACAAGCUCACACGAGCUGAUUGAGGGGUAAGAGCAAGACAGACGCGUGCCUUAAACUUCAACACAAACUAUCUGCAGAACUCUGCAAGACACCCAGUGUCAUCUCCAAGCCCACAUAAGGUUAUCAACAAUGGAAACUGUAUACUCCGACAUGGACACCUCAAGCUGCGACUACUCCUUUACGCACACUGAUGACGAGGACUCGCGCAGCAGCCUCCACCCCGCGUCCCCCGCGUCCUCCUGCGGCAAGCCACCUGCGUCUCCAGCCGAGCUGCAGCAGAAGAAGAGGCGCAGGGGGCGCGCGAGGAACGAAGCCACCGUGCACGUCGUGAAGAAGAACCGCCGGAUGAAGGCCAACGACCGCGAGAGGAACAGAAUGCACAACCUCAACGACGCCUUGGACGCUUUGAGAAGCGUGCUGCCGGCCUUUCCCGACGACACGAAGCUGACCAAAAUCGAGACUCUGCGCUUCGCUCACAACUACAUCUGGGCACUUUCGGAGACCAUCCGGAUCGCAGACCAGAAGUCAAGAGACCCUGCGCUGCUGCUCCCCGGACUAAGCUGCAUGGGAGAUGCGCCCAGCCCCGGCGGUGACUCUUGCUCCUGGCCGUCCGGCGCAUCCUCCUCGUCUUCAUCCCCGUCUUACUCCAAUUCAGACCCGGGCAGCCCCGCAGCCAUGGACGAUUUUGGAUAUUUGCAAACCGAUGUAGUUUACAGCUACACCAACUUCGUACCUAGCAUCUAUUAAAGUGACUAAAGCAUAGAGUCUGCAGAAGUAUGUAGUGUAAUAUCAAAAGGAUGUUGCUGUUACUUUUCUCUUAGAACCAAGAGCACAGAGACAACAUUAGGUAUUCACUGUUUGCCUUAAUGACAGUUCACAAAUGAGAAUGCUUUUUAUUUUUGUACGCUUUGUUACUGACAUUGAUGCUUUUUCCGAUAUCUUUGCACUUUUUGCAUUCCUUGGAGCAUGUUAGAGAAAAUUAUAAUUUAAACCAAGACAGAUUGGCCUUUGCAAUCCAAGGUGAAAAGUCAAUUUUACAAUUUGUAGAGCGAUAAAGCAGAAAAACGAGCGUGAAAAUUCCGUUUCAACGCUGUGACAAUAGGCUGAAAGGACAAGACAAAGAUCUGGCCUUAUGCAUUAUGUAUUUUGACCUGAAGAAACCUCCUCUGUCUGUCUGUCUGACUGAUCUGAGUACAGUUAACUAGCUCUCAUCAUGACUGCUUCUUUCCCACCACUUUCUUUUUGUUUUAUUUAUUCAACCUGUUGCUUAUUGUAUUUUUAUUGUAUAUAAAGAGAUUUAUUCUAUUAUGUAUUUACCUCAGAAUAUAAAUCUGGUGCAAACAUGUUUGUACGAAUAAAUAUAACGUUUUCUACAAAA